CAGCCACCGUAGGCUACGUCAGAUGUAAAUACUGUUAGCAUAUAGCUAGCUUCCUGUGAAGACAACAUGGCCUUUACUUUAUAUUCUCUCAUCCAAGCAGCCAUUUUGUGCGUCAAUGCUGUCGCUGUGUUGCACGAAGAAAGAUUUCUGAGUAAAAUUGGAUGGGGAGUAGACACGAGUGUUGGAGGUUUUGGGGAUGAACCGGGGGUCAAAGUGCAGCUGAUGACCCUCGUCCGCUCCGUGAGGACCGUGAUGAGAGUGCCGUUGAUUGCGGUGAAUGCAGUCUGCAUAGUGCUGCUGCUUCUGUUCGGAUGAGGAGGAGGAGGAGGAGACAACCUUCAUCACCUCAGGAAGCCUUCUGCAGAAUCAUCUGACUCACAAAAUGACUCCUGUCAGCCACAAUAUGAAUGUUAUCACGUAAUAUCAAUACAUUGGAUAUUAUUUAAUGCCAGUUUUGAACAGCACAAUAUUUACAAAUCAUUAUCCGGUUCAUUGCCGAGUAGAUUUUCGAAUUUUCGGUGCAUUGACAAGAAACAUUAAUAUAUGAAAUGAACAAUAUUACAAUAAAAAAUAACUGUAAAAAAGGAAGAUCUCAGCAGAAAUGGGCAUAAUGAAUUUACAGUCAAUUUCCAUCUACUUUCUAAUAGUGCAAUAACAUGCUGAAUAAGUAACACAUCAUUUUCCUAGGAUUUAAAUAUUAUAUGAACAACUUUUAUUCAAUUCACUGGGUGCCGAAUGUAAAAUGUUUAUGAAGAAUUAUACACUGAAUACAUGUAAUUUAACUUCUGUAGUGUAUACAUGAUGUGAUCGUUAAAAUGCUCUAAAAGAAAGAGUUUUUAAAGACUUUCACUAAAA